UUCCCAUUGACUAUCAUCAUGUCUUCUAAAGGCCAGGGUGCGGUUCUUUCAAUGCCCGUGAAUACUGGAACAGGUCGCUCGAGCCAGCUGAGUCGCUAUGUGAUGUAUACAUUGAUUCUGGUUGUUCUUCUUUGGGGACCGCUCCCGAUGUCCGAGAUUGUCAUGGAGCACGUUCAGGAUUGGAAGUCGUAUAGUAUCGACUAUUAUCAUGACGGGGUUGAUGCGAAAGACGCACUCGCGUCAUCGUGUCAACAAGUAGACGCUCUGUACCCGUCGAAGCACGCCUCGUUCUGGAGUGAAUUGGGGGAUAUCAUUGGGACUGAUGAGUUCAAGACAAAAGCGAUUAGUUGGUUGUCUGGAGCCGUGCAAAUUCCCACGGAGUCGUAUGAUAGCAUGGAUGAUGUCGGUGUUGACCCCCGUUGGGAAGCGUUUGGUCCUUUCCACGAUUACCUCUUGAAUUCUUAUCCUUUGACACACGCCUCUCUCUCUCUAAAGAAAGUCAACACAUGGGGCCUGCUGUACGAAUGGACUGGAACUGAUCCUACUUUGAAGCCCAUUGUGUUGGCUGCUCAUCAAGAUGUGGUCCCCGUCGAUCCCAAAACGAUAGACGAAUGGAUUCACCCUCCCUACUCUGGAUACUUUGAUGGCGAAGUGAUUUGGGGAAGAGGAUCCUCUGACGACAAGAGUGGUCUUAUUGGCACUAUGUCAGCAGUUGAAACGUUAUUGGAGAAGGGCUUCAAACCUAGCCGUACUGUUAUCCUUGCUUUCGGAUUUGACGAAGAAGCAAGCGGAGUAUAUGGUGCCGCAUCACUCGGAAAAGCUAUGCUUGAAAUAUACGGGGAAGACGCCUUCGCUUUCCUUAUUGACGAAGGAGGUGGAUUCACAGAUCAAUAUGGAACCAUAUUUGCUACCCCCGGUAUUGCAGAAAAGGGCUACAUAGAUGUAAAGGUUGAGGUGGCAUCUCCUGGUGGACACUCCUCUAUUCCGCCAUCCCACACGAGUAUCGGAUUACUCUCGGCUCUUUUAGUCGAGUUUGAAGAGAAUCCCUACGUCCCAAAACUGUCGAGAGAGGAUGUCCUAUACAGUACUCUCCAGUGUUAUACGGCAUAUGGCACAAACGUGCCUAAGCAACUGCGUCAUGCGAUGGAGCAUUCGGCACAUUCGGAGUGGGCUCUGCGAGCACUUGAAAAGAUUCUUUUCAAGGAGCCAUUUUUCAAGAGCCUUGUCGAGACCACUCAAGCCAUCGACUUGAUCCAUGGCGGUGUGAAGUCCAAUGCUUUACCUGAACAAGCAUACGCCGUCGUAAACCACCGUAUCUCUACACUCAGCUCGGUCGGAAAGACAGAAGCUCAUGACACUGCAACGGUUAGAAAGUUGGCCCAUAAAUUCAACCUGACAUUUACUGCCUUCGGAGAGAGUAUCUCUGAAGUCGGUGCUCCUUCAAAGGGCAGUCUGACCUUGAGUGACGCCUUUGGUACCGCCUUGGAACCUGCUCCUCGAACGCCUCUUUACGGAGAUGAAGCAGUCCCCUGGAGGCUUCUGUCUGGGACAAUCAAGUCCACGUACAACGCACAUAGAUCAAUAACAGGUAAAGAUAACAUUGCUGUUGGCCCCGGCAUGUCGACCGGUAACACAGAUACAAAAUUCUACUGGAAACUCACCCCUCAUAUCUUCCGUUACAAUCAUAAAAAUUCGGGAUAUGGUCCAAAUCGGUUAAGCGGAGUCCAUACCGUCAAUGAGAACAUGAGCGUUGAUGCACUCCUCGAAAUGAUCCGCUUCUUCACCACUCUAAUCUUGAAUGCGGACGAAUACGAUCUGUGAGCAUCAAAUAGGGUAGGUAUAUGUAACUUGAAUUCGUACUACUUGAAUGUAUUUGAAAAUCCUCAACAACGACAAAAGUCUUUUCUAUCUAACCAUACACCUAGUGCACCCUAGCUAAUGACGACCAACGCACGACUCU